GAUACUUAGCAACAACAUUAAGGAAGUCAACAAGCAAUUUACAUCAACGUCCGAAGCGCAUAGACACACAGGCGACCUUCCUUGCCAACAACAAAAAAAGCCAACUUGUUAUUCUUUGUCUGCUGCGCGCUUAUCCGCUUAGAAGAGUUUUUUCUUCUCGCUCAACGCAUUCCGUUAGACGGUAUCUUGGUUUUUGUAUUGAUAUUGUGUAUUUUGGUGUAAAAGGUGCCAUCAAGAAAACAGCAGUCGUGGAUACCACCGGUGAUUAUCAGGAGUCAGUGCUAGUGCCGCCGCCUUGUCCACCCGCCACACCGCCCUACCAAAGGCUAACGAAAGCGCUGCAGUGCGAUCCAAGAUGCGGACACGAGGUAACCAUCGGCCGUCGCAUCGGUCUUUACAGAUUUUGUGGCGAUAUUGGACGUGGAAAUUUUUCCAAAGUCAAAUUAGCUGUUCACCAAUUAACGCGCGACAAAGUGGCCAUCAAAGUAGUUGACCGUGGUGGUUUGGAUGCGAAGGCGCUGCGUAUGCUCUCCAGUGAAAUAGCGACACUCGAAUGUGUGCAUCAUCCCAAUAUAUUAAGACUCUUCGAAGUGGUGGAGACACUGGGACGUGUUUAUCUGGUCACCGAAUGGAUACGCGGCGGCGAACUUUACAAUCACAUCACCCAGGGUGGUCCGCUGCGGGAGAUACACGCCGCACCCUUGUACAAGCAGCUGUUGCUGGCCGUAAAACACAUGCAUAACUUGGGCUUUGUACAUCGCGAUAUUAAGGCUGAAAAUGUGCUACUGCUGUCAGAGGAUCGCUUGAAGCUGGCUGAUUUCGGUUUUAGCACACAACUUAUUAAUGGUGCCAAUCAGAAGCUGGACACAUUCUGUGGUUCCCCGCCUUAUGCAGCGCCCGAACUCUUUUCGGAUGAUCAUUACAUCGGCGCGCCAGUAGAUAUUUGGGCGCUCGGCAUAUUGCUUUACUUUAUGGUUGUCGGCAAUAUGCCAUUUCGAGCGCCCACAAUACCUGGAUUGAAGGCGGCUAUUUUGAAAGGUGACUACCUGCUGCCUGGACAAUUGAGUUUGCCCUGCAUAAGACUUAUACAACGCAUUCUCAUCCACAUACCCGCACGUCGCCCGACCAUCGAUGACAUGCUCAACAGUCAAUUCGUUUGCUAUCCGAAGCUCAGCGCCGAACUCAUGCAAUACGAGAUCAAUUUGCGUACGAAGCCCGUCAAACGUUCCGGUUUCUGGGUGCGCUCCAAAUCACGACGCAUGCGCAAAUCGUAUUCACUGCGCGAACGUUACAUGGAGGUGACCAACAAGCCGCCCAUCAACAUGAAUACCCGCAAAAGUGAUGGGGUAUUCGUAGAUAAUUUUUUACAUCCAAUCGAAAUCAAUCGUGAUCUGCCCAACGAGCUCACCAAAGAGCCAUCGAAGCCCAACACGCCGAAGCGUUCGUUCUUCUGUGGAACGCUGAAAAAGAAAGUCAGCCCCAUGGAGUUGGAGAAGGAGCGGCAACUGGCCAAUGGCCAUGGUUGCGAGAAUCGCCAAUGGAAUUUGGAUGUGGCUAUCGAUUGUCCGCUUUUCAAAAACUACGAUGUGGAGACGGGAGAUUUUGUUAUGCUGCCAACAGAUACCGAUGAUUUGACAUUGGUGAAACCGCUCGAGUACGAAGCACGUCAAUUGCUCGACGAACUGGGCAUCAACUCGGAAAUGCUACGUGAAGCGCUACAAAAUGGGCCACGUAGUGAUAUAAUUGGCGCAUAUCGGAUUAUUGUGAAUCGCUUGCAAAAACAGUCAUGGCUGGCGCGAAAACAUGUCGAGCUGGCGCUACAAGAGAUGCCAAAGAUAGAGAAGAAAAUGGAACGCUCCUGUUGUAUACUCUAAGGCGUACAACGUGGAAGCGUCCCGGCAAUUCUCGCCCUUUCACUAUACAAACACGCAAUUCUUGCUACUCUUAACUAAACAACUUCCAUGAACUCUCUGUCUCUCUCUCCAUGUCUGACUUUCUGUAUCUAACUCUCUACAUAGUUACUACAACAUAUAUACACACACACAUACAUGCAUGUAACUCUGCCUAUCUAAGUAGUUGUAUUUAUUAAUGAAUUGUGACAAGUGACAAAUGACAAGUGACUACGUGUAUUUUUGUAGGUGUAGUUACAUUACAAUUCUAUAAAGUAUCGUAGAUGUGUAAGUAGUGGUUUUGAUCUCUGAUAUUGAAGAAGCAGAAGACUACUCAAGAAUUGCAUUAAGCAAGAAAAUGCACGAAAAUGCAAGAAAGUGAAGAUGUGUAAUACCUUAGUCGAAUUUCAUAGUUGUAGUUGUAAUGUAAUAAAUAAUGAAAUGAUAGUCAAAUUGAUAAAUAUUUGUUAGCUGAAUAAACUGUUCGCCCCAUAUAAACUCCAAAAGGCGAAUGUUCACCCAGAGUUAUGUACUCGAAAAACUAAAACAAAAUAAGAAAAAACACACACACACAAAUAUAUUUAUUACAAUUAGACACAAGCGAAUGUGUUUAAAUUUUGUUAUAUUUUGUAAUUUUCUAAUUUCUAAUAUUUUAGUAUUAAUUGACUACAAAAAAAGAAACAAAAAAAGCUGUACUAUUUUAGUUAUGAACUGUGACAAGUGUAUCUUAUAAAAAGUAAAAUCCAAAAAAACAAAAAAAUCGUUUAACAUUGUUGGUCCAUUUAUACUCACAAAUUCGCGCCGACGAGAAGAAAUAUAUUAAAUAACAAUUUGAAAAAAAAAAAA